GCCUGCCCUCCCGCGGAUAAGUCUCCCGGCAGCCCGCGCGCGGCCUCUUUUCGCCGCGCGGCCAAGAUGGCGGACACGCAGACCGAGAGGGCUUAUCAGAAGCAGCCGACCAUCUUCCAGAACAAAAAGCGGGUGCUUCUGGGAGACACUGGCAAAGAAAAGCUCCCCCGCUAUUAUAAGAACAUCGGGCUGGGGUUCAAGACCCCCAAAGAGGCCAUUGAGGGAACUUACAUUGACAAGAAAUGCCCUUUCACCGGCAAUGUUUCGAUUCGGGGCCGGAUCCUGUCAGGUGUGGUCACAAAGAUGAAGAUGCAGCGCACCAUCGUCAUCCGCAGGGACUACCUGCACUACAUCCGCAAGUACAACCGCUUUGAGAAGCGCCACAAAAACAUGUCGGUGCACCUGUCUCCCUGCUUCAGGGACGUGCAGAUUGGGGACAUUGUGACAGUGGGCGAGUGCCGCCCACUCAGCAAGACAGUCAGAUUCAACGUCCUCAAGGUGACCAAGGCCGCUGGCACCAAGAAGCAGUUCCAGAAAUUCUAGCGGCCGCACUGGCUUUCCUUGGGAUGUGCAAAUAAACCUUUUGUAAAGAC